AUGUUUGUAUUUUUUUUCCAGCAAUUUAGAAAUAGUCCAGUAACUGCUUCGUCAAUUUCUGAUCUGGAUCAUGGUCACGUCAAUCCGAUUGCCAACGGAGAAUUUACCAUAUUUUCUCCCUUAUCCACACACUACAAUAACAACGUUUUCCACGCAAACGAGACAAAGACAAAAGCUGUUGAAGAUUCUUUAGCAAAUAGUUAUGACAUCAGCAGUUGGUUUGGUCCAGGCGAAAAAGAUUUUCCUAGAACCAGGUUGAAAUAUAUUAAAGAAUUGGGAUCAGGAUGGUUUGGAAAGGGUGAUUUAAAGGUUUACUUGAAAUCGCAAAAGGCCAAUGCCGAGCAAUUUCUUUCGACGGAUUAUCCAUUGUUGUGGUGUCAUCAAUUAGCAUCGGCUUUGAAACACCUUCACGAACAUGACAUCGUGCAUCCGGACUUAGCUAGUAGAAAUUGCCAACUGACCUCAACCCUCAACUUAAAAUUGGGUGACUAUGGUCUGGGUCCGUUCAAAUACCCCUCAGACUAUUACCAAGGCCAACCCGCUGUUCCUGUCCGUUGGUGUGCUCCUGAAUCUCUCGCCUGUACGCACACCACCAUCCAACCGAAAAGACUUACUCCCGAAGCCAAUGUUUGGUCGUUGGCUGUGACAAUGUGGGAGAUAUGCGAGUGUGGCGAACAACCUUACUGGUCACUCACGGAUGAUGAAGUGAUUUCCCAAGUUUUGGGAGCUGCAGCCGUGAGAUUGGAAAGGCCUACGUGUUUGGUGCUCUAUACGGACUAUAUGUAA